AUGCCCCCGCGGACGAGACGCUCUGUGACGGCGGCGGCGACGGCGGCGGCGACGACGGCCGCGGCCGAACAGGGUUCCGAUGCGUCAUCCGCUCCCGCUGCCCCUGCCACCCCAUCCACCACAGUGGUGGAGCUCCUCUCCGAUCCAGCUUGGAUGUCGGACAGUGAGUUCGGGGGUGGACAUGCCUUCCACGCGGAAAAGGGCUUCAGCAUCCUGGCUAGCCCCCAGCGUGCCCCCACCGGUCGAGUCCUGCGUCCCCGGCGGGCGAACCCCCCCACCGAGGUGAUCAGUUUGCUGACCCCGCGGACUUCCCUGCCCCCUCGGCACCAGCAGCCCCCGCCUGGGCCGCCCCCACCAUCUACGGCGCUCCCCAUGGCCGAGGCCAGCCACCUUGGCAGUGGCAGCGAUGGGGAUGACGACGAAUUCGAGGACGUCGAUGUCAUAUCGCCGGCGGCAGCCCCGGCCGAGCCGACCCUGUCGCAGCAUCUUCGCGGGAUCUUCGACGGGGCGCACCUCGAUGAUCUGGCCGCGGUCCUUGGGCAUGUGUCGGCUCCGGAUCCCCCUGUUGAGGCCAGGCCCGAGGAUGGGCCCGCGACGCCGGUGGCCCCGGGUCCGGCUGCUCCGCGGCAUGUUGCCAUGCCCUUCUCGCUGCCGGGGCUUCUGACGCCGGUCCGGCCUCAAGCCGGGCUUGACCCCGCCGCGGCGGUGACCCCGCUUGUGUCGCAGCCCUCUGACGAGAGCCAGAGCCAGCUCUUUUCCCCGACUCCCGGGGGGAACAUCCUUUUCCAGGGCUCUUCGCAAACUGAAAUCACCCACCCGACCUGUGCGGACGAGGGCGCACAGCAUGUUCGCCUUGUCGGUGCUCUGGUGUUUCUGACGCGUGGCAUCCUCCGCACCAGGGCCGCUGGCGCUCUGCAGACGCGAAUGGCCCACCGGCUGUACCUCCUCUGUCGGGCGCAGCUCGGGCUCUCCUUGCCGGUGGUAGCCACCCGACUGGGGGCCCUGUCGGAUGUCGAGGCUUUGUCGAUGGAGUUGCCAUGGCGCCGCGCGUCGCACUCGGGCGUCCCCGAGGCCCCCGGCAUUGCCAGUCAGGUUGGGCCCUUGUUGUUUGUCUUCCAUCGCUUGAUGGAGUCCUUGCAGGCCUGUGCCUCAUGGAAGACCUGGUCCUGCCCAGCAUGUGCCCUGGAUCCGAAUCCCGCCAACAAACUCCUCGGCACCCCGGUGCCUGGGUCGCCGGCCGCGUCGCACGAUGCCGCCCUCCUUGCUGCUGACUUGGGCUGGCAUUGGCCCGCGCCCGGGGCCAGCGAAUGCUGCCGCUCCCGGUCGGGGCAAAGCGCCCCCCCUCCCGGUGUGCACCGCCUCUUUGAGGCCGAUCCCGAUGCGGCCUUCCUCCGGGCACUGUUGUUUGCCAGCCUGGUCGUCUCGCUGCCGGGCGUGCGGGCGCGCACGGUGCUUGCCUUGCCGGGGCUUGAGGAUGAUGCACCUCUGCCUCAGGCAGGCUUUAGUUUCCCCUCGUCUGUUUGGACCCCCUCAGGCGCCCUGCACGCUGAGCCGCCAUCGAAUCAACCCGAUCCGCAGGCGAGUGCCGGCCUAGCUGCAGCUCUGGCGCGUGGUGUACCCACCGUUUGGGUGGAAAUGUGGUGCCCUGACACCCACGUGUGGAUUUUGGCCGAUGUCGAUCGCGGGGUGGCUGGCUUGACGGAGCGCAGUAUGCUCAUUCCCCCAGACCCAUCCUCCCCGGCGCGCUCGCCGACCAAGCGCCCGAGAGGUUCCAAGUCGCCGAGCCUCAAGCCGGUCGACGCCCCGACCCGGCCGGUGGUGUGGCUUGCCUUCGAGGCGACCUCCUCCGGGGCUGUUCGCUUGCUGGACCUGACCCAUCUUUGCCGGCAAACGGCCGAGCAGUUGUACCACACCUUCGAGACUGACGGCACUCCGAUGCCGGGUGAGGGGGACGCACGCCGGGCAUGGUUCGGUGCCCCUGUCCGGCCACAUGAUCCGGCCGACAUCCUGCGCCUUCCCCUGCCCCCAUGGUAUGUGGUGGCCGAGCGGGCCCUGGCCGAGGGGGAGCCAGUGUCGGCCGACCGGCCGUAUCCCCCCUUCGUGGUGACGCCCGCCCGGGCGGCGGCCAUUUGCCAUCGUCUUCCGGGAUUCUACACGGCCUUUUCGCAGCGCGUGAGCCCGACUCUCCCGGCUUGGGUGGAGAUCGACCAUGCGCGAGCCUUCUCCUCGAACCAGCCGACGGCUGCGCCCUGCCGCGGGCCAUGCGGCACCCUGGCCGCCAUCGGGCCGGUCCCCAUCGAGCAAGACGAGUCGGACCUUCGUCGUCACACCUUCUCUGGGCUGGCAUUGACGGCCGGGCACCUGGUGGCCGGGGUCCCGGCCGCGCGUGGGCUUUUGGCCGCCAUGACGGUCGUCGAUCGGCGUUUGGUGCUUGAUGAUUUGGCCCGGGCCCUGGAGGCCGAGGCCGCUCGCAGGCACCCCCUCUCGGCCUUGGACUCCCUGCUGGCGGAUCUUGCCCGCGGGGGUCUGUCCUGCGGAGGGCCGCUCAUCAGCCGGCUGGAUGUGCACGGCCCCGAUGCAUUGGACUUGGCCCUGCCUCCGGGCUUCGUGCUGCGGCUCCUCCGCCGGACGUCGCUGCACCCGCCGCCGACCACCGUGUCCAAGCUCCGGAAUCACCCCCACUAUUCAGUUCGCUAUCAGAUGCGCAAAUACGAGGAGCUGUGCCCCGGGGCUCGGCCCGUCGGCCGGGUGGAGCUUCGACUUUCCGGGCAAGCCGUGGAGCUGGCCCUUUCCGGUCGGGCUGGCCCCUCGGACGCCGCGACCACCGAUGCCCUGACCGCUGCCUUCCCCGAUGGAGCCCACUCGCCAGGCAGUCCAUCUUCCUCUCGGUCAGCCAAGUCUCGCCUGUUUGACUCGGUUUCCCUGCCCAAGGCGGCGGCGUCCAGCUCGAAGGGCUCGGCGCCGGUGAGACGCCCGUCCGCCAAAUCCCCCCCCUCGCAGCCCUCGCGCCCUCGACGCAAGCGAGCCGCCACUCGGUCCCUCCGUGAGCUGGAUUCCGAGGAGUCCGAAGAGGACGACGGGCAGUCUCGAUCGCCGGAGCGCCCGCCCUCGCGCACCAUCAGCGCCUCCCCGGCCUCCGGGUCGCAGCUCGGCCUGCCUUUCUUCCAAACGUCGCCCAGCUCGUCACCUGCCUCGAUCACCCAGGCCGGCAAGACGACCACCGUUUUGCUGGAUGUCUACCGGCGGAGUGAUGUGGUUUUGCUCAAUACCCGCGCCGGCUGGCACAAGCAGGGGCGCCAGGUGCGCCCUGGCGAGCGGUCAUACAAACUUGUCCGGGCGGUGGGUGCCGGCAGCCCGGACCGGCCGGCAGCCGAGACGCCUCCACGUCGGCGCCCCCGUCUUGGGGAUCCUGCCUCGCCGUCGGAUGUUGGACCGCUCGGCUUGCACAAUCCGGACCCCUUGAUCCCGGGGAUGGUUGCCCUUUUUGGGGAAUGGCAGACCGAGCCCUUCAGCCUGCCGCGUGUGGCCACCACCGAAGAGGGCAAGCUGAUUGUCCCGCGGAAUGCCUUCGGCAAUGUGGAUCUCUUCCGGCCAUGCAUGCUCCCGAUUGGGUGCCUGUGGAUCCGCGAUGUCUCGGCUGCUCGCAUCGCGCGAGACAUGGAGGUCGACUUCGUUGAGGCGGUGGUGGACUUCUCUUUCCGUGGCCGGACCUCCUUCCCGGUGACACGCGGGAUCAUUGUCGCCGAGUCCCACGCCGAGCGCCUGAUCGAUGCCAUCAUCCAGUCCCGGGCGCGACGUGCUCAGCGCGAGCAGGCCCGCACCGCCACCCAGAGUACCCGCCAGUGGGGAGAAUUUCUGCAACGCGUGGUGCAGCUCCACCGGCGAGUUCGUCUGCUCGGCCUUGGCCCGGAGUUUUACACCCUCAACCCGAUUGUCAUCGGAAUGCGGUACAGUCACGUCCAGCCCGAUCUGUCCCUGACGGCGGCGGCUCUGGCCGGCGGGCGAGCGGCUCUGGCCGAGCAUGCCGGCAACCCGGCCGCCGUGUGGGACCAAGAGGAGGACGCACCGCUGGGCGGUGGCGCCGCCGAGGACGACUGGGGUCUCUUCUGACUGCCGAUCCUCGCCUCCUUCCAUGUGUAAUAUACGCGGCUGUUGCCUGCCCGAUCUCCUUCGUGCCGAUGCCGAACACCCGA